AUGUCGCUUUAUUAUCUUGCCGCCCUCCUCUUCCAAGCCGUACCUUCUCUCUCUGAGCCUCUUCCGCCACACCCAACGUCUCGCAUCUGCCCAUUCAAUCAUCAGUCACCUUCAGUUCCAGCAUCCCAAUGGUUAAAUCUACUUACUGCCUGUCUCGCCCCUUUAAUCGUCCACAUAGCAGCAGGGGUUCCAUCGCCAACCAUCAUCGGAGGUAAAGAGAGCCUGGAGAAGCCACCAUGGUCGGAACGACUCUCACAUUUCAAUCCAAGCUCGAUAUUAUGGCGCUACCACGCAAUCGCCGACCGACGAUUGCGCUCGAAAAGCUGGAGCAGAGAAGACUUGGCUGCCACGAACGCUCUUUUCUGGGAUGGCGAACACUGGGAUGGGUCGGAGGUAAUCAUGAUCAGGAGCAGGAACUUCCCCUCUAAACUCCUGAAUUCAACACAUGUCGAUUUCCUGUCUGGCUCUACACUCGCGACCAUCACCAUGACAAUUCAAGGCGCUUAUUCUGUUUUUAUCGUUGUGACAAACGGCUCCAUGUCCGAUUUAGCGGACUUCUUUGCGCCGCUCGCGGUCAUAGGAUUGUUUAGGCUGCAAUCUGCAUUCUGGCUGUCUGACGAGGGUGCCUAUUUGCCGUUCAGCAACUGCGAUGGUUCCAUUAUGACAACGCCGUUCGAAGCUCGGGUCUCGGAAGAACUUUACAGUGCUUGGGGCCGGAGGGGAGUCAUAUUUCGCUCUUGGUGGAUCUGCUCCAUGGCGGGAUUGGCUGGAUAUGCUCUCUACUCAUGCACAGAUAUCUUGUUUACUACAUGGGUCCCUGGUGAUUGCAUUUACGCCUCCAACUUGCUGGAAAGAGUCUUCUAUACAGUUCUUACGGUCAGCGCUUUUACUAUACAUUCUUUUUACGUACUUAGAGGUCAAAGUCGGACGACACUUGUUCCCUGUAUUCAGGCAAUGCGGUACAAGAUUUAUACAUAUCUCAUGAUGCUCUUGGCUCUCCUUGGUAUUACGUUUUCAGCCGUAGAAACAGGCCUGGGUUGGUUUCAUUUGGAUCACAACGGUGUAUAA